CACACACAACGAGGGAACCCCAUCAGCUGGAAGUCGAGUAACAUUACAACUCUCAGCAGCCUCAAACUACUACAUUACACAGGCGAGAGAUUCAUAUCUUCUUUGAGGAUUUAACUCGCGUCGCAUCACGGGAUUUUUGCUCACUAACGUCAUCAUUUUUCUUUAAUCCUACGGUGACUGUUUUUGCUUUUUUUUUUUUUUUGGAGGUGGGGGGGGGGACCAAACUGGAAGAGAGGCGAGCAUGGAGUAUUUCAUGGUACCAGCUCAGAAGGUGCCCUCCUUGCAACAUUUCAGGAAAACGGAGAAAGAAGUGAUUGGAGGUCUUUGUAGUCUGGCCAACAUUCCCCUGACCCCAGAAACAGCCCGGGACCAAGAGAGGCGAAUUCGCAGAGAGAUUGCCAAUAGCAAUGAGCGUCGGCGUAUGCAGAGCAUCAAUGCUGGAUUCCAGUCCCUUAAAACCCUCAUCCCACACAGCGAUGGAGAGAAGCUCAGCAAGGCUGCCAUCCUACAACAGACAGCAGAGUACAUUUUUACUUUGGAGCAGGAGAAAACACGACUAUUGCAGCAGAACAGUCAGCUCAAACGAAUCAUACAAGAGUUAAGCGGUUCAUCCCCCAAAAGGAGGCGUGCAGAGGAGAAGGAUGAAGGGAUCGGCUCGCCAGACAUCCUGGAGGAGGAGAAGACCGAUGACCUGAGGAGGGAGAUGAUCGAACUGAGACAGCAACUGGAGAAAGAGCGCUCGGUCAGGAUGAUGCUGGAGGAUCAGAUGCGUUCCCUGGAUGCCCAGUUGUAUCCAGAGAAACUGAAGGCGAUCGCCCAACAGCUCCAGGAGCAGCAGGCCCAGACACAGGGCCUUGUCUGUCUGCAGCAGCAUAAGGAGCUGGAGAGGGACCUUACUCCAGCCCACAGCCCACAGGUGUUGGCCCCUGCUACCCCCCCUGCGCCCACACACCACGCCACAGUCAUUGUCCCUGCACCUGUCCAACCUCCACAGCCCCAUCAUGUCACCGUGGUAACCAUGGGCCAGACAUCAGUUAUCAAUACAGUGUCCACAUCUCGACAGAACCUGGACACCAUUGUUCAAGCUAUCCAGCACAUCGAGGGCACCCAGGGGAAGGGUAGCGUCGGCGAGGAAGAGCAGCGGAGGGCUGUCAUUGUCACUUCGGGGCGCGUCUUGUCCGACGCAGCAGGCUCAGACACAGCCUCAAACAGCGACGGGCCCGACGACUGUUCACUGCCCUGAUUUCAACCCUGACAUGACGCACACUGUACACAUACACACAUCCAUACACAAACACACAGAUGUAAAUGGCCCAAGCAGACCAGGGCUACAGGAGGCUACAAAUCCACAACACUCAUGUUCAUUGGACAUUAAUAGGGCUGGUAGACAGAUUGAAGCACUCGAUUUUUGUUUUUGUUAUUUUUUUAAUACACACACUCUUACAUGUUGUACCGUGAUAGGCAGCCCAAAUAGGUUUACACUUAGAGACUCAUACAUGCAGUCUGUUCUGCAUUUUUCUCUGCUUAUCUAUAGCCCUCUGCUCUCUCAUUC